GCUGAAGCUUUCUUGGAUAAUGGCGAAUUUGAUGAAGCUUUACAUGUUGCUGAAAAUGCUGUUGCAAAAGGACAAUUCGAUGAGGCGGAACUAUUGAAAUUGAACGAAUUGCGACAGAAAGUGGCUGUAGCAUUUUUCAAACAGAAACAUUACGAAAAUUUUUGUGAACUAGCGAUUUUAUCGGAAUUAGAUCCGCGUGAGGUUUUAGCCAUGUUCGAUGUCCUACUUCCGUUUCCUUCGGGCUUUCAACCACGAAUGAUGUCAGCAUGUGGUACUGAUGAUGAUUUUAGCACGGCUUUUGUUGAAAUGAGGAUUUUUCUAGAAAAUUAUCUCAGGAAAGUGAGGGAGCUUCGCUGGGCUAAAGAAUUUGCAAGGGAUAUCGACGCAGUAUUGCUGAGGCUAAUGUCAGAACAAAAAGUUUUCUUAAAUCCGGAAGAUAUGGCGAUGAAUUUCCGCUGUUCGUUUGUAGACUGUUGUGAGUGGAUGCGAGCAAACGAUCGUCGCAAAUUCCUCAUUAGUAUUGCUUUUUGCUUUGGUGAUUGCGAAACGGCACUGGUGUUAAGCCGCGAAUUAUCUCAAUCUGAGAAGAUACUGUUGGAUUGGAUUAAUUUUUUGCUCAAAGUUGGCCAGGACGGUGGCGUAAUUGAUGGCCUCAAGGAGUGCCCGAUCAAGCUCAAUCAUUCAAAGGUUGUGGAAUCGCUGCGGUGUGAUCAAAGCACUCUAAUUCGAUAUCUCGAAGAAAUUAAGUCGCUUCAGGUAACGCUUAUCGUCAGCAGGAAACCUGUUCAGCAGAUCCGUUUGUGUAUUUGUAUAACGUAA